UUAGCUGGCGUUGGGUAGGUUAGCUAGCAUGCUAGCUAGGUAACCAUGCAGUUAGCUUAGUGGAGUCAGUACGUCCUGAUCAUAUGGUCGUGGUGUAAAGUUACACUGCAUUUAGGUUUGGCAGAUCAUUCUGGACGUGGUCUCAUGACUGUCUACCUUGGCUUCGCUAGCUUCACUGGGCAAGUCAUCGUGUGUUUGCUAACUAGCUAGUGGAUUCUACGGUUUCGGUUGAGUGUAGCGUAGCCAACUAGUACGGUAAUUGGCUAGUAAUAAGACAAGUUUAGCGAGCUAGUGCAGCACCACCAUCUUAUAUUUUCCCUGUUAGCUUUCAUUUUUACGCGAUCCCUAACAAUGUAGAGUCUUCUACCUAAUUGAAAUAGGUAACAUGCUAGCUAGCCGGCUAGGAACAAACUGACCACACGUUACCCGGACAGGUGCACCUCUAACCCACUGGUGCCCGGCUACUUUAGUGGUCCUUUCUAGAGGGCAGGCGCCUUAACUUAAGAUAGCUGGGCUUUUGAUCCGCUAUGCAGCAGACCGUAGUUGUAAUGGCAAAGAGGAUCGCUGACAAGGAGCUCACGGACAGGAACUGGGAUCAGGAAGAUGAGGGGGAAGAGGCGGGGACUUUCUCGGUGGCGAGCGAGGACGUGCUGAAGAACAGGCCGAUCAAGAAGGCCAAGCGUCGAACUGCCGGCACAGAGGGUGACGGCGGGGGAUCCUUCAAAGGGUUCAAAGGGUUCUCCCUGGCCCCGACGUCCGCAGCCGGAGGUGGGACCACGGGGUUUUCCGGUUUCGGGAACGGCGCCGGGUUCAAGGGCCUCAGCGGCCUGACUAACGGGAACAGUGCUGCUCCCGGCUUCGGGGGCUUUGCCCCGCCUGCUGCCGGCACGGCCACACCUGGUUUAUUAACAUUCAACGGCCCCGCCUCCACCAAGCCUGCAUCGGGUGACAUCACAGGCAAGCAGACCAACGGCUCCGCCCCCAGCUUGGCUCAGAGCUCAGGCUCCAGCAGCAGCAGCCGCAGCAGCAGCAACAAGGAGUACAGCCGGCAGCUCACAGCGCUCAACUGCUCCGUGCGGGACUGGAUCACCAAGCACGUGAACGACAACCCCUUGUGCGACCUCAACCCCAUCUUCCGGGACUAUGAGCGGCACCUGGCCAGCAUCGAGAAGAAAUACGGGGGAGGUGGAGGAGGAGCAGGGGCGGCCGCCGCAGCAGCAGCGACGGACGGAGGCUCAGAGAGCAAGGCGCCAGGGGAGAAGCAGGGGGGGCUCCUGCCAGCCGGCGCCUUCCCCUCCUCCUCCGGCAGCCCGCUAGCCUCCACGCCGGCCCAAGCUUUGUUCUCCUUUGGCAAGGACAAGCCGGAGAGCGCCACCGCCCCCCCGGAGAAGAGCUCCACCGCCCCCGUCCCCGCCGGCAUCACGUUUAACUUCGGGCAGAAGGUGGACAGCUCGGUGCUGGGGUCCUUGGGGUCCGGCGGGGCUCCCCCCAGCUUCUCCUUCUCCUCCACCACCUCCUCCAGCCCGGGCUCCCUGUUUGGGGCUUCCAGCAGCCUGGCUGCCUCUGCCCCCUUCUCCUUCAGCGGGGCAAAGGUUGAACCCGUCCAACCUACAGAAGACAACGCGGACGAGGAGUCCGACGAGCCGCCCAAGCCCGAAGUCCGCGAGAUCAAAGAGAAGGACGCCUUCUAUUCCAAAAAGUGCAAACUGUUCUACAAGAAGGAGACCGAGUUCAAGGAGAAGGGCGUGGGCACGCUGCACCUCAAACAGGCGUCCGAGGGCAAGACCCAGCUACUGGUGCGAGCCGACACCAACCUGGGAAACAUCCUGCUGAAUAUCAUGGUGCAGGCCUCCAUGCCCUGCUCCAGAAUGGGGAAGAACAACGUGAUGGUGGUGUGCGUGCCCAACCCGCCCGUGGACGACAAGAACGCCAGCAGCCCCGUGCCCAUGCUCAUCAGAGUGAAGACCACAGAGGACGCAGACGAACUGCUCCAAAUCCUCCAGGAGAAGAAGGCCUGAGCCGCCCCGCCUGCCCUGCCCCACCUGCCCCCACCCCGCCCCCAGGACUUCAUCAUCCCCGAGCCCCCACCAUCUCCACCACCCAGGCCAUGGUGUUUCAGCCUCUUCCUCUCUCCUCCUGUCCCCCCUUUCUGCCCCCAAAAUCCUGUGGCCAGGGCACGGCCGGUGAGGCCUCAUAUUUGUACUCAUGGCGGUUUUAUCUUCACACACACUUGUACUAGACUUACACACACACACGCCCAUGGAAAUCAACAGUUUUAUGUGCAUGGAUGUACAGAACAAAUUCAGUUUGUAAGUGAGUUUUUUUUUGUCUUUUUUUUUAUUCAUCAUACUGUGAAGUGGGUCCUGCUUCAAUACGAGGAGUUGUGUGACGCGUAUUUUAAGUAAAAGAAAAAAAUUAAAACGUGAUUCCGGUCACAGAAAAUACAGUUUUGGAAAACACAUUCACUGUUCUGGGCUCGGGAACAUUCCAGACAGUUUGUGUUCUGCUGCUGUUGCUAGUUAGAUGGGAGACGAGCUGAACAAAAUGGUUUUUGGAUGUUUUGGUUCUUUGCGUGCUGUUUUGGAUUAGUAUUGUCAAGGGGGAGAUUUUGCAAGUAUGUGUCAUCGUGUGUUCAGCAUGAAUGUUUUUAUACUGGCCAUGUCUGAUUCUCCUGAAGGAAACAAGACAAAUACAGUAAUGCGCCGUGUUGACGAGAGUUAAAACAGCUUUUCACCUUGUUUUGGCGACAAACCCCUUCAUCCAAGUACAAUAACUAAAUCAAUGUGGAAGCAGUAUACUAAUCAUCCACUCAUUUAGGUUCAACAACUUGAGUGACUUUGGAACAACAGUAGACUAAGAGUCUCCUGUUUAUACUCCCCGUGUGUACUGAAUGUGUUGAGACGUUUUUGCUCUGUAACUAUUUAUUGUUGAAACCAAACUGUGUGCCCUAAUGGGAGUCCUGGAUGUGUACCCGUAGUCUAGAGGAAGUGAACGAACCCCCUUCCAGCCCCCCCCCCCUCCCCAGAAUGGUUUAUAUAUGUACGCUCCUCCUCACAGCACUGCAGAACCCCACAGACGGUGUGCAAGGGAAGUAUGUUUAUCACAAGGCUGUUUCCUACGUGGCAGUUUGUGUGUCUGAACGCAAGUGUCACAUAUAUAUAUAUAGAUAUAUGAUUACUGUUCUUUUUUUCCAAGUGUCCUUUGUAUCGCCUUAGAAACGAUGAGGCAUGCAAUCAUCGGCGCCUAAUACAUUUGUAGUCGUUUGAUUCGGGGAAUAAAUUCAUACAGCAAAUGUGCGUCUAGGCUGGUCACUGGGAGUGCCAGUAGUGUUGAAUAAAAUCAUUUUGAAAAAUG